CUGCGCCAGAUCUUCAAGCGCUUCGACGCCAACGGCGACGGCAGCCUGAGCCGCGACGAGCUAAGAUUAGCCCUCGAAGGCCGGAACCGGGACGUGACGCGCUUCGAGGACUUUUGGGCCGCGCUGGACCGGGACCACGACGGCCGCAAACUACGGAAGGCGAUCAACGUCGCCUGCCACGGCGCGGGCGCGGGCGCGUCGCUCGGCCUUUUGCGGUCCAUCUUCCGGCGCUUCGACGCGUCGGGCGACGGCGUCAUCCAGCGGGACGAGCUCCGGAAGGGCCUCUCGAUCGCCGGCGUCGACUUCUCCCAGGGCGCCUACGACGAGGUCAUGGCCGAGAUGGACAUCGACCACGAUGGGGCGGUUUCUUUGCCCGAGUUCGCGCACGCGAUCUGCGGG